AAUAUGGAUUCACUUAUAUAUUCAUUUGAUCACGUAAAUAUUAAUAUGCUUCUGUGUUCAGUAGGUACGCUAUCGACACAUUAUCUGUAUAUAAUCAUCCAUAAUGAGAAAUACUGGAAUUUAUAGAAAUGAGUAACGUAUGUAAUAGUAAAUCUGAUAAAGUGAAUGCGAUAAUAGAUAUAAAACGCAGGUUUCUAUCCGAGUGCAUCAUACCGGAUGAUAAGAAAAUUUUAUCUAGAAAAGUACGUUCUCUGCCCGAGUUGGAAAGUAAUACGAAUUAUGACGAUAUAUGUGGACCUUGGAAAUUUGACAAUGUACCAUUGCGUAGCCAAUGCAGUCAUCUAUCUUUUAAAUUGAUAACGUCCGAAGAUAUAGUUUACAUGAGGACACAAGGAGAUCGAAAAUUGAUUUUGCCGUUUCUUGAGGAAAAAAUCUUAUCUGAUGUAUCAUGCAAAAAGAAAACAAAGAAAUACUCGUAAAACUUCUGUGGCAAACUUUCAGAUUUUUCAAGUACAAAUAUGUAGAAUGUUUUAACACUUAGCAGGAUUUUUAAUUAGAUAGGAUAUUUGUUUCAUGUAUAUUAAAAUUAUAUAUUAAAAUUACAUUUAUAUUAUAACAAAGAUAUUAUCUGCUUUUUCUUAUGUGACUUACAUCAUAACUGGGAGAGAGAGAGAGAGAGA